AUGGUCCCGGAGUCCUGGGUGGCCUGGAAGAGCGUGGCGGAGGAGCCCAUCUUGCACGUGCAGCUGCUCUCCAACCGCCUGCUGCUGCUGAUGCCGCACUCCCUGCAGGUGCUGGACAUUGUGCGCGGGGUGAAGUUUGCCGAGAUCAAGGAGCACACGGCGCCGGUGGUGGCCAUCUCCUCGAAGUCCACCAGCCAGGGCUCGAUACUCUACACCGCAGCUAUGGACAACACCAUCCGGCUGUGGGACGCAGACACGCUGGAGUGCAUCAAGUGCCUCAAGGAGAAGAAGCAGGAAAUCACCGCGAUGGUGUUUCUGCCCAAGGCCAACGUGAUCAUCACCGGCCACGAGAAUUCCGACCUGAAGAUGUGGUCCCUGGACAGCCAAGAGGCCUACCUGCGAACGGUCACGGGCCAGCCUGUGCACGAGAACACCAUCAGCGCGCUGAUCCUGGUCAACGUGCACGGGGAGGUCGAGGCCGAGGAAGAUGCCGCGGCGAGCGGCUUCGAGCUGGUGGUGGCCGGGAGCUACGACCGGCAGAUGUCCUUCUGGCGGGUGACUUUGACCUCGGACGGCACCGCCAUGGCGAAGCUCGAGCGCGCCUUCCUGGCACACGAGGAUGCUGCGGACGAGAUCCUGGCGCUGGGUCACAGCCCCUUUGGCUCCGUCUUCUCCGGCGGCAACGAGGGGAUCAUCCGGCAGUGGAGCAUCUGGGGCGGAAAGGUCUCGGAGGACUUCAAGGGCCACGAUGACGCCAUCACCUGCUUCUCCACAGACGGGCACUUCCUUUUCUCAGGCUCGGCAGACUGCACGGUGCGCAUCUGGGAGUGCUCCCACGCGCGCCAGAUGAAGUGCGUGCGCUUCCACGAGGUUGCGGUGCAGGCGAUCCUGGUGGUGCCGGACACAGGCACCGUGGUGACGUGCGCCAACGAUGGGCGGGUGGUCUUCUGGGACCCGCAGAUUGGCCAUGGCGAGGCAAAGAUCAUUCGCAGCUACGAGCAGCCGGAGGAGUUCCGAACCCUCCACAUGAUGAGCCACAUGCUCCUGGUGGGCUGCGAGUCCGGGAAGAUCGUGUCGUUCCCCCUGGAGCACAAGGCAGCCGUGGUGUUGGCGGCGGCGACUUUUGCCUCCGCCGAUCUUGAAGGAGAUUUGGUGGACGAUGCGUGCGAGGCUGAGGGCUGCGAGCUGUCACUGCGGCAGCUGCGGGCGAGGCGCUCCGAUGCGUCUUCCGGGCCCUGGGGCAUCACGGGCUCGGAGCGCUGCUGUCUCUGCAGCUCGGGGCUGGCGACCUGGUCGAAGGAUGGCCAGUGCGGUCAGUGCCAUGACGAGGUGCUGAAGACCGCCGCGGUGAGCGAGAUGUGCCAACAGCAGCACGCGGACUUCCAGGGAGCUUCCGCCUGCGAGCACGAGUGCAAGUCCAAGCUGGAAAUGAAGAACGCGGCUUGGCUUCAGCAGUGGUGA